AUGUCUGUCUGUCUGCCAACUUCGUCUCCUGCUAUGUCUGUCUGCCUGGCUGCCAUCCCCGCCUACAGAGAGCCCCGGGGCUGCCAUCCCCGCCUCCAGAGAGCCCCGGGGCUGCCAUCCCCGCCUCCAGAGAGCCCCUGGGCUGCCAUCCCCGCCUCCAGAGAGCCCCGGGGCUGCCAUCCCCGCCUCCAGAGAGCCCCGGGGCUGCCAUCCCCGCCUCCAGAGAGCCCCGGGCUGCCAUCCCCGCCUCCAGAUAGCCCCGGGGCUGCCAUCCCCGCCUCCAGAGAGCCCCGGGGCUGCCAUCCCCGCCUCCAGAGAGCCCCGGGGCUGCCAUCCCCGCCUCCAGAGAGCCCCGGGGCUGCCAUCCCCGCCUCCAGAGCCCCGGGGCUGCCAUCCCCGCCUCCAGAGAGCCCCUGGGCUGCCAUCCCCGCCUCCAGAGAGCCCCGGGGCUGCCAUCCCCGCCUCCAGAGAGCCCCGGGGCUGCCAUCCCCGCCUCCAGAGAGCCCCGGGGCUGCCAUCCCCGCCUCCAGAGAGCCCCGGGGCUGCCAUCCCCGCCUCCAGAGAGCCCCGGGGCUGCCAUCCCCGCCUCCAGAGCCCCGGGGCUGCCAUCCCCGCCUCCAGAGAGCCCCGGGGCUGCCAUCCCCGCCUCCAGAGAGCCCCGGGGCUGCCAUCCCCGCCUCCAGAGAGCCCCGAGGCUGCCAUCACCGCCUAGGGAGAGCCCCGGGGCUGCCAUCCCCGCCUCCAGAGAGCCCCGGGGCUGCCAUCCCCGCCUCCAGAGAGCCCCGUGGCUGCCAUCACCGCCUAGGGAGAGCCCCGGGGCUGCCAUCCCCGCCUCCAGAGAGCCCCGGGGCUGCCAUCCCCGCCUCCAGAGAGCCCCGGGGCUGCCAUCCCCGCCUCCAGAGAGCCCCGUGGCUGUCAUCACCGCCUAGGGAGAGCCCCGGGGCUGCCAUCGCCGCCUCCAGAGAGCCCCGUGGCUGCCAUCCCCGCCUCCAGAGAGCCCCGGGGCUGCCAUCCCCGCCUCCAGAGAGCCCCGGGGCUGCCAUCCCUGCCUCCAGAGAGCCCCGGGGCUGCCAUCACCGCCUAGGGAGAGCCCCGUGGCUGCCAUCACCGCCUAGGGAGAGCCCCGGGGCUGCCAUCCCCGCCUCCAGAGAGCUCCUGGGCUGCCAUCCCCGCCUCCAGAGAGCCCCGGGGCUGCCAUCCCCGCGGCUGCCAUCACCGCCUAGGGAGAGCCCCGGGGCUGCCAUCCCCGCCUCCAGAGAGCCCCGGGGCUGCCAUCCCCGCCUCCAGAGAGCCCCGUGGCUGCCAUCCCCGCCUCCAGAGAGCCCCGGGGCUGCCAUCACCGCCUAG